GCGUCGUUAUCACGUGACCGAGUGGGUGUAUUUAAGCCUGUGACGCGGGCUCCUGGACAAACAACCAGUCUGCUGCUAGGCGCCAAAACCACGAGUUUGUCUCACCGACGGCCCUUUGAAAGAAAAUGAGUUCCAGUGGGAAGCUGAAGCCCAGCCACCAGAGGUCUAAUGAGAACGUGAAGAGACUUUUCACAUCUCAAAAUGCAAUGGGAUGCCCGAGGCCAACCCUGCAGGUCCUCCAACAAUCGGCAGGCAACAAAGCGUUGGGACGGUCAGCUCAGGCAGGAAAGGUUGUUCCCAAAAGGAAACAAUGUAAUGCAGAAUACACUAGAGGCCCAAAGAGGGUGAAGGUAGAAGUCAAGGCUACACAAACUGAUGAAACUCCAUGUCUGUCAAAUGACAUGUCCAAUGAUGCAUAUCAGCUGAUGGUCGUAGAAACUCCUCCUGCCGCCUACUGGAAAGUGAUCGCAGACGAGCGUCAGAAAGCAUUGUACAAUGUUUUACAGGAGAACGAGAAGUUGCACAAAGACAUUGAAGCUAAAGAUGACCAGAUAACACGGCUAAAGUGUGAGAAUGGCGAGCUACAGGAGCUGGCGCAGCAUGUACAAUACAUGGCUGAUAUGAUCGAGAGGCUGACUGGGGCGAGCCCAGAGAAUCUGGAGGAAUUGAGGGAGAUUGCGCUUGACGUGGAAGAGGAUGGGGAGGAAGAGCACGAUGACCUUAAUGAGGCAGGACAGAGCGAGGAAGACGACUCUGAUUACAGUCAGUGUGAUUUGGACGACGAACAGGCUGGACCCUCAGAACGGGAUUAACUGACACAAUUUUGGGUUGUAAUGGGACUUUGGCCUUUUUUUCCAUACAGGUCAGGAUUUAUUGUUUCCCUGGCAGCAAGUGGUCAUCCAUGUGACCGCAUUAGCUCGACAGUAAUUUAUGUACUUUUUUUUUUUUUUUAAAGCUUUUAACAGGUUUUUUUUUAUUUUUUUUUUUUUAGGUGAUGUGUUCAGAACAAACUCAGUCAUUUUGCAAAGCAGAAGUUUUUUUAGGAGGAAAAGCUCAGGUGUAAUCUGUCAAAUGACUGGCUGCUUAGUCCUAAGCCAUUAAGGAGGCAAAUGUGACUAGUUUGUUUUAUGAGGAAUUGACUGGCAGCAUGUCUCACCCGAAGCCCCUCAUUCAUCUUGAUGGUUUGAAUCUUAUUGGGGGUGAUGAGGACCAUGUGACUGAAGCUGCACUUUUCCUACUAUGAGACUGAGGAAAGAAAUACUACAUGCAAGAUGUGUCUGACCACACGGCCCUAUAGUGAUUUUGUUUACUUAAUAUUGUGCAAUGUCGCUCAAUUUUGUACAUAAAGCCUAAUUUAAAAUAAAUGCUUUUAAAAAAA